UACCCCUUUCCGCUGGCCACCCGGGAUUCCAUCAUGGUGAAUGGCAGGGUGCGAGCCUCUUGACAGCCGCGACUGAAAGGGCCAAGUGAAGCACGCUCACCAUUGUAUCAUCCCCCAGUUUUUGUCUCCUCCUCUCAUUCUACACUGUAUUCCGCAAUGCAGGCCCGAUUUCACAUUCCCUUAAAUGCCGAGCUUAGCAAGAUCAACUGUCGGGUCGGGGUUCUAGGUCAAGAGCUUGGGUAUCCACUGGGAACCAAACAUGCUUAGUCACCCCAGCACUGGCCAAUCCCUCAUCAGCCCACUCGUCUUUGAAGCGACAACACCCGAUCCGAGCUCCCACCUCCAAUUAAGCAAACCACGCCAUCACCACAUCUCCCGCAGCGCCAGCAACAAAAGCUCAACCGCACGCCGAACUGCACGCAUUCAAGAUGGGUCUCCUCGACCGCCCGAACAAGGUUCCCGAGUACCAGCGGCUUUACCAGAGCGCGUACCGCUCGCACCAGCGCCUCUGGCGGAUCCACCCCCGCAGCUCCAUGAUGCUGACCCCGUAUACCAUCCUCUUGUGGGGGACCGCGGCCGCCACCAUGUACGCCAUGGGCCGCAGGAUCCUCGGCCACAACACCUGGUUCAGCGACUAAGUUGGAGUGGUCGGUGAUAGGCAGUCAGGCGGAGGAUACAGCGGGUGCAGACUUGUUGUAUAAGUAGAGCACGGGGAGGUCAAUAGAGGCGUGGCCGUUGCGGAGAUGUGCUGCUUGGGGCAGUCUGUGAGUGAAAGAAACCGAGGCCAACAGACCGACACUCUCCAUGCGAAGUGCUGCUCUGAGUCCGUGCAAACCCUGGUGUUCCCAUUG